AUGAGGUUGCAAGAACUUCAAGAUGCUAUAAACAAACUUCCAUUGAGACAUCCAAUUGACGUCAAAUUGUAUUGGAGAGCAUCUGAGUUAGGUCAGAAGGUUUUAUAUGAAACAGGUUGCUUCGACGAUGUUUAUGAGAUAACAGGAGAAGUUUCUCAGAAGAUAAGAGACUCACUUGAAUUUCCACAAACUGGACCAAUUGGUUGCGACAAGUUCGACUCAGAUGAAAAGAUAUACUAUGUCGACCUUAACGCUGCAUACAUGAGGUUUGUCCAAUAUAUUCCGACUGGAAUUCCAAACGAAGAUGGUGAGUUCCCGGGAAGGAACUAUACAGUUGGAAAAGUCAUACAACAACUGUAUGAUAUUAGGAAAGCUUCAAACCCCAAACUUGCAAUGACACUCAAAUUGCUUAUGAAUUCGACAUGGGGAUAUUCCAUUAAGAAACCUCAAGAGAUGAAGAGUAAACAUUAUGAGAAGGUCGACAACUUUGUUGAAAGGUUUUCUCCUUUUGUUUUGAAGUACGAAUUCACUCAAGGUCAAAGUGGCUUAGUAACCACAUUAAAACCUAUUGUCGAACAUUGGUCUUACCCUCAGUUCGCAAAGGCAGUCCUUGACAACUACAACAAAUUCUUCUCCGAAGUCAAAUCCAAAGUGAAGGUUUACUAUGAGAACAUUGACGCACUCAUGACGAACGAAGAAGGGUACAACAAACUCAUUGAAAUGGGCAUGGUCGGUGAAAAGAUGGGUCAAUUCAAAUUGGACAAAAUUUUCACCGAAGUUCAUGUCCUCUCCAAGCGUAAGUACUGGGGCAUACUUGAAGACGGCACAGAAAUAAAACAUUGCAUGAAAUAA